GGGGGGGGGGGUUCUACCUGGCCGCUCGUUAACGGCACCCCCAUCUGCGAGAAAAUUGCUGCAAAAGCAAGACGGCUAGAUCAAUCUACGAUAAAACGUACAGUUUCAGGAAAGCGAGCCCCGAGCAUGUAACGAGGAUUCAUUUGGACCAGAAUUAGAUCUAAUUAAGAAUUUUAGUGGGGGGAUAAAAUGCAGUAUGUGCAGUAUGACUGAACAUUAAAAUACUGUUAUGUGAUGAUGGUUUUAUUGGAACGGGAAGUGGGGGAAAGUGCUUUUUAAAUGGGUUCUGUUGAAGGAUGGUGAUAGAGAAAUGGAGUGACAUGCAGUACAGCCCCCCCCUGUGAAAAGCCUCUGAACUGAUAUGCUAAGAUCAUCACGCAGGGCAGGGCUGGGAAGUUUGAUUUACUGUAAUACUGAUUUAAACACUUAGAAUAUUACUACAUUUUUAUUGGCACAUAUCGUAAAACAGUGCUUGGAAAGCUUGUAAGGAGGCUUCGAUAGAAGCGUGUUAGUGGAAACUUCGGAUAUUGAUGCUACAGUCAUGUUUUUUCAUGUAUUCAUUGAUGUUAAUAAUUGUAAUGCAUCCAUAUUCCAACCACUGGUUUAUGGGGGGGGUGUGGUGUGGUGGAGCCUGACCCAGGGCGAGGGUGUAGCUGGAGUGUGGAUGCCAGUCCAUUGCAGGGCACCCACAUACACCCACAUACACACACAUACACACACACACACACACACACACACACACACACACAGUCUCUGAAGAUGCUGCUUGGCCAAACUGCAUGUUUUUUGGUCCUGGAGGAGAUUGAAAACCUCACAAAUCCAGAGCAGAGGCAGGAUCCAAACCCUGAAGACAACGAUGCAAUCCACUAAGCCUGCGUGCCUGAGGUAAUCAUUCUAAGGAUACAUUGGGUACUGAUAUCUGAUACCGGCUUGCUUUUUAUUACCUACACUUGAUGCAUUAGAUCAAAACGGCUCAAGGAGUUUCUGUCAGCUGACCGAUCGGGGCGCUGUCAUUUCAUGGACACUUUUGGUAUCUCGUCAUGAGUAGGUUUUACUGAGUUAUUCAGCAACAAAUGAAUAAGGAGGAUUAUGAAGACAGAGUACACGAUGUACUGGCUGAGUUACCCCUCUGAUUCUCUUUGUGGCGCGCUAUCCUUCUACAGAAUCAGCGUCAAGAUCUCUUUAGAUGUUACGUACAUUCAGACAUAAACAGGCAUUUCAAGACAAUCUAGUGUUACAGAAUUAUGUUUCAAUCUGACAAGGAUGCAGUCGCUAAAAUAUUCCUGGCCGGUUUCAAAGGAAGGAUAAUACGCUGUGGAAUGGCAGUGUGAUGCUAAUUCAUUGAAAGUCGAGGUUCUCAUAAAACCAACAGCUAAGUAUUAAAAAAAUAGGCGUAUUGUUUGGGGUUCGGAACCCUUUUCUCCGGUGUCCUGACAUUGUAAUCAGAGUAACAAUAACACCUGAGCUGCUGAAUUGCUUUGCUUUGUAAAGGCUGUGGUAUGAUUAUGGUUAGCUGCACACCCCUUUAAGGAAAACAUCCGCCAAGAUUGUAAGAGCUUUACGUCUUUGGCGUAACAACUUACAAAGACUGUAUAAAAGAAGUCAUUAAGUUGGCCUGAAGGGUCUACAAGAAUCAACUGGCCUUUGGAUUUCAAAAAAAUGUACUCUAGAAGGUGCAUCAGAUUAACAACUUAAAAAUGUAAUCUGCUUGAAAAAAACCAAAACCUUAAUUUGGCAACCUUUAAAAGAGAAAGAUAAAUCUUAUUAAUGUGAGUAGAGGAAAAUGUGUUUGUGGUCUCUCCUCUGUUGCUGAAAGCACUUCAUUCAUCUUUCCCUGUAAAGGUAUCCUUUUCGUUACGUUCUAGACAAUCGAUGCUCUCAGCAUAGCAUGGACACCGAAACGUUGACUUACAUAGGAAUAAUAGGAAAUAAUAAAAUACUGGUGGUUUCUUUUCGGGCCUUACCACACAACUGUGACAAAUUUUAAUUACCAUUUUGAUACGGUGAAUCUGUACUCUAGCGCUUUGCACAUUAGUUGCGUGAAUUUAUGCCCCAUAUUGGAUUUGUCUUGAGUUGUAUUGCAUUUGCGAUAAGGAUCUCAGUGGGAUGAUAGUGGUAAUUUUACAAAUAAGGUCUCAGUAUGUCUGUGGUGGAAAAGAUGGCGAAUUUCCAGUGAAAUACCACUAAUUAAAUUUGGCAGUGGGGGUGUGUUGGUGAUGGUCUAGACUUCUGUAAUAAGACCCUGUGCAAGCCAGCAUCAUAAAAGCCGAAGUGAAUUCAUCCUGCAGGACGUGAUGACAGAGGUAGUCUGCACCAUUCUGCACUGUGUUACAUUUAUUAUGGAAGUUCCUAGAACCUUUUCUUUUACAGGCGAAGACCACAACUUUAAGUACUGAAAAAUGGAUAAGGCAUAUAUAAACUGUUAACAAAGCUGAAGAAGUAAGAUCAAGUGAGGAUAGAUGUAGAUGGCUGACUAAAGACUAAAGAUCAGACCGGAAGUUAGUCCUCCAGCACAUGAUAUUGUGGUCUAACCCUUGUGACUGUCCUUAUCAAAUGAUUGCCCAAAUCUUUAUUUAGUACUUCCAGGAAUGACUGACAACAGAAACUGUCAUGCUCAGAGACACGUUGUCAUUACACUGUUGCCCAAUAUGCUGUAACUGAAGCACUUGGCAUGUCCAUAUGUCCUCUGUGAGGUGACUCUUUUCGAGUGUGUUGGUUAGUCAUAGUGAGUCAGUUUUUAUAAAUGAAACUCCUUAGGGUUUCCUUAAGUAUCUUAGCCUUUGGCUUCUUCUUGUAGACCCCGUUGUCUUUACAUCAAUGAGUCACUACAAAAACAACUCCCAGUAUGCUGAUGUCAUGCUCGAUAUUACUUCCUCCCAUUUAGUGGAAGGGAGGAAGGUGAGAAAUAACCAGUGCUGAGGCAGCCUUGGAGUCACAGCACUUUCGGAAACUUUGUACUCGGUAUGUAUCAGCAAGGUUCUGGGUUUCAUUAGCGUGGGAUUCUGGGAAAGAAGAGCGGAAAUCAAGCCUUGAGCCCCUAGCCGAUGAACUUUAUGACAGCUGGUUGGCGUCACUAAUAAAUGGGAUUCUGUGUUGGAGCCGGAUGGAACACGAUUCAGAGGACCGCUGAAGGUCGUGCGUGAACAGAGACUGACCAUCCCAGGAGGCAUCUCGCCGCCGUGAGAGCCCGAGAAGCACAGAUCUACUGGGCCUUUUCCUCCAAUGCCCAGGUAGCUGCCCACUCAGAGGAAGAGCAGGAAGGAGGACAAGCGCAGGCACAUCAGAGACACCCAAAGGCUUCCUUUAAGGACCCACGUCUUACACAUGGCCGCUAGUGGACAGUGAGCAUGGGUGAGCUCCCCCUGCUGGUCGCUGUGUUUUUGCCGGUCGCCCUGGUCUGUGCGGCGACAGAAGACGACGUCACCCCCCGCCUGAGCUUCCUAUACGAUGCGAAGGAGAGGUCAGCCAGCAGGUUCUCGGCAGACGGCGUCUUCAAUUACACGUCUCUGCUGCUCAGCAGGGAGGACAACACGCUGUACGUGGGGGCACGCGAGGCCCUGUUUGCUCUCAACCUGGCUGACAUCGGACACACGCGCCUCCAAAGGAAUCUGACCUGGGGGACACGCGAGAAGAAGAGAGACGAGUGCAGCUUCAAAGGGAAGGCCCGCGAGACUGAUUGCUUAAACUAUAUCAAGAUCUUGCUUCGGCUGAACGGAACGCACCUCUAUGUGUGUGGCACCCACGCUUUCAGCCCCAUCUGCGCCUAUAUAAACACCUCCGACUUCUCCUUGGUGAGGGACAGGGACGGGGACAUUUUGACAGAGGAUGGCCGGAAUCGCUGCCCCUUUAGUCCUGAGUACAAGUCCACCGCCAUCAUGGUUGAUGGAGAGCUGUAUGCCGGAACUGUCAGUAACUUCCAGGGAAAUGAACACACCAUCUACAAGAGCCUGGGCCACGGGACCGCCUUAAAGACUGAAAACUCGCUGAACUGGCUGCAAGACCCCGCCUUCGUGGGAUCGGCCUACAUCCGAGAGGGCGGCGACCCGGCCGACGAUAAGGUUUACUUCUUCUUCAGCGAAGCUGGCAAGGAGUUUGACUUCUUUGACAGCACCGUGGUUUCCCGCAUCGCUCGCGUCUGCAAGGGUGACGUGGGCGGCGAGAGGGUCCUGCAGAAGAAGUGGACCACCUUCCUGAAGGCGCAGCUGCUGUGCUCACUGCCCGACGACGGCUUCCCCUUCAACAUCAUCCAGGACAUGUUCGUGCUGACGGCCGACGGACAGGACUGGAGCCAAACCACUUUCUACGGCGUCUUCACUUCACAGUGGUAUCGCGGGGCCUCAGGCAGCUCGGCCGUCUGCUCCUUCACCAUGGACCAGGUUGACGCCGCCUUCAAUGGCCGUUACCGUGAGGUCAACCGUGAGACACAGCAGUGGUACACCUACAACCAUGCGGCCCCUGAACCCCGGCCAGGAGCAUGCAUCACAGAUGCUGCCAGGCACAUGGGCAUCACCUCCUCACUACAGAUGCCCGACAAGGUUCUCAACUUCGUGAAGGACCACUUCCUGAUGGACGACGUUAUACGAGGUCGCCCCCUGCUGCUGAAGCGCGGCAUCAGCUACACCCAAAUCGCUGUGGACAGGGUGCAGACCUUUCAUGGGGUUUAUGACGUGCUCUUCAUUGGCACCGACGACGGGAAGCUGCACAAGGCCGUCAAUAUCGACGGCAGGAUGCACAUCAUCGAGGAGAUGGUGCUGUUCCACCCAGCACAGCCCGUGCAACACAUUGAGCUCGACUCGGAGAAGGGCCUGCUCUUCGCCUCGUCCUACUCGGGUCUGGUCUCAGUGCCCGUGGCGAACUGCAGCAACUAUCAGAACUGCGGGGAGUGUGUGCUGUCCCGGGACCCCUACUGCGUUUGGACGGGCACUGAGUGCCUCAGUGUCAGAAAAGCCCCCAUUAAGGUCCUCAGUAGAAGCUGGCAGGAUGUGGACAGAGGGGAUACGAAUGCCACAUGCAGCACGAUGCUCCGCUCACUGGCCCCCUCACGCUCGCCCCCGUGUAAGGUGAUCACCAUCCCGGCCAACAGCUUCCGCGUCCUGCCCUGCAAGCAGCGCUCCCGGCUGGCAAAGCAGUACUGGGCAUACAACGAGAAGGUCAACCGCUCAGUCUACCACAGCUCGGACGGGGGCCUGGUGGUGGUGGCCCGGGCUGACAGCGUGCAGACCUACGAGUGUUGGUCCAAGGAGGAGGGCUUCCGGCAGCUGCUGGCCAACUACUGCGUGCGGGCCGAGGCGAGAGCCGAGGGCCCAGUGGGGCGCAGCCACAAGUCCUGGCUGGGUAGCAGCUUGCUGGACCUGCCUGACGAGGCCCGUUCCACCCAGAUAGCUGUGAAGACCUACUGGAACGAGCUGGUCAUUGUCUGUGUCCUGCUGGGGGCAUCACUGCUACUUCUGUCCCUGCUGGCCGUCUACCGGCACCGGGGUCACAUGAAGGCCAUGCUGAAGGAGGGCGAGUGCCCCAGCAUGGUGCCAAAAAAGGCACGGGGAGCGCCGAAGCCGGCGGAAAGCCUGCCCCUCAACGGCAACGCGGCCCCGCCCCCUGCCUCUGACCACAAGGGCUACCAGACCCUCAAUGAAGUAUAUGCCUGCGGGACGCCCCCCCACGAGCAGGAGGCCUCCCCCGACACAAGCCGCAGCUUCUCCGAGUCUGAGAAGCGGCCGCUGCACCUGAAAGAGAGCCGCGUGGAGAUCUCGCCCAGCUGCUCGCGGCCCCGCGUCCGACUCGGCCCCGACAUCAAGGACUCAGUGGUGUAGCCGGCUCCCGGGCUCCUGCCGCACAGUCCGCGCCCCGCAUGGCCCCUGGCUGCAUUUCACUUGCUUGCACUUCGUCACUCUCUCCAUUCGGGGGGGCCUCCCAUCCCGCUUCCAAAGUCAUCGCCUUUUCCCAAAGACGGCGGGGGGCUAAGCCUCUCUGAGCACUCUGCACCCUUAACGUGGUGCUCCAGGGUUCAGUGCCCCAGUGUGUGGGUCUCUGUCCCGGCCCAACAGUAAGGACACCCCUGUGCAUUGUGGGAAGACCUCUUCCUCAGCAACACUGGUAACGAGGUGGGGGGGGGAUCCUUCCUCUGCAGGACCUGCUAAUUCAGCACAUCAUCCACAUGUUCACAACAGGAACUUGACACCUGGACAGUCUCGUUUCCCUGGCGACAGCCAUGCAGAGGUGGCUUUGGCGAGAGAGGCGGGUCUCCAUUUCACUGCAAGGCAGAGCAAGUGAUGAGAGCGCUGGGACAAGGCUAAGUUCGUCAUGCAAAGUGACAAGGAGGUGAAGUACUUUUCAGCAAACUAAGUCCAUCCAUGUGACCCAGCAGGCAAAAAGCGCAUCAGACUUUGGUGUUAAACACAUGCGUGUGUUGAGUUGCUGGCUCAGCAGGGGGUUCCUCUGGAUGUCCCUCAACCUCGACGGCAUGCGUGGCCAAAGGUUUCCGAACUGAGUCCGAAACGUCCCCGUGGAAAAGGGACAAAGCACGGCCCUAACCCGUAUGGACCUCCCCCGUAGCGUCCAGCGCGAUCAUCAAGCGAGUCGAACAAAACCAAUAGGGUAUUGGCCGUUCUCCGAGGUCCCUACACAACCAAAA